UUUCAAACAUGAGAGUGCAAAGGUCUACCUACCCUCAUGUCAUCAGUCCAAAAUUUCAAACAUACUUUGCUUUUUCUGUUUAUUUUCAGCAAACCAAAGAAAAAAACUUGAUCUUUUAUUUUUUAAGGGAAGUCACUUUUAGCAUGCCUCAAUGCCCAAUUUGCCUUAUGAGUUACGACUAGCCCUUUUGUUUUGAAGUUCAAACAAGUUUCCAUCCCAAGAAGAAAAACCUACUAAGUUUGAAGGAAAUUUUUGUUACGAGAUUGUUUGUGAUAAAAUUUGCUAAUGGCUAAACUCGGAAGCCUCAUGCUCUUCCUUUUCUCAUGUCUCUGCAUAGAAUAUCCUUACUCUUCUUGUCAAGAAUAUUUACUUACUUUAAAGCAAGGCCAACAGAUCAGGGUUGGGGAGCGUCUACUUUCUGCAGCAGGUAUCUUCAAAUUAGGCUUCUUCAAGCCUGGCUCUUCAAGUUACUAUUACUUAGGAAUAUGGUACAGCAAACUACCACAUCAUCCAGAAUCAGUCUGGGUGGCAAACCCGGAUGAUCCGAUCACUGAUUCAUCUGGGGUUCUUACCUUGGACGACCAAGGAUUGUUGAAGAUCACACGAAAUGGAGGGCAGACAAUUGUGAUAAAUCCCAACAAGGCAGUCUCAAGUAAUGUGACUGCCACCCUCUUGGAUUCUGGGAACUUAGUGAUAGAAGAGGUAGAUUCUAAUGGCAUUGCAGGGCGAGUAUUGUGGGAAAGCUUUAAUUAUCCAACUAAUACACUACUUCCUGGAAUGAAACUAGGCAUGAACCCAAUGAGUGGAUAUAGUUGGGCACUCAAUUCAUGGUUAAGUGACCAAAUUCCAGCACUAGGAGCUUUCAGGCUCGGUUUGGACCCUGGUAGUGCCAAUCAAUUGAUCAUCUGGAAGCGAGAGGAUAUAUACUGGACUAGUGGAGUCUGGAAUAAUGGGCGCUUUCAGAAUAUGGCCCCUGAUUCAAGAACAUAUGAAUUUAGCUUUGUGUCAAAUGAUGAUGAAAAGUACUUCUCGUAUUCUGUCAAGGACAAUUCUACUAUUUCAAGGUGGGAGCUGAAUUCUUGGGGGCAGAUCUUGCAGUUCACUUUAGCUUCGGAUGGUACUACAUGGCAAAACACAACUACCAGUCCAUGCAAAUUCAAUGUGAACCAUCCAAAUGCGGUUUGCAUACAACAGAAUCCCACAGAAUGCAGAAUUAGUUCCGAGUUGUUUGUGCCAGCAAUAGGUUAUUAUCAGGAGCAGCAAUUUAUGUAUUCUAAUUCUAAUUCCAGCUUGGCUCUCAGUGAUUGUCACACUAGCUGCUGGAAUAAUUGCUCCUGCAUUGCCUAUGGAAGUCAUUUUGACAAUGGGACUGGAUGUGAAUUUUGGAGUAAGGGAGCAAGUUUCAUCCGGAAUCCGAACUUCAAUGCUGUUUACAUCUUAUCGCAAGGAAAUAGUACAGGCACCAACUGGUCCAACAAUCUUAGAGCUGAUUUUUGUGAUUGUGUAUCAGAGGGUACACCUACAGGAGGCACAGAGAAAGAUUCAGGGAGAAGUGUAAAGCAUUUGUGGUGGAUCGUUGUUAUUGCACCUGCUCUAGCAAUGCUAUUUGCGGGUUACUUUUGCUACAAAAGAAGGAUAAAGCAAAAUAAUGUAGAAGGAGAAACAAGCCAAGAAAAGGCGUUAAUCGAGUUAAGAUCCCUGCCGCCCUAUAGACUCAAGGAUAAGAUCAAAAGAGGCACAGACAAGGGCCAGAAGUUUCAGUUAUAUAGUUUUUCUGAAAUUGCGGCUGUAACAGAAAGCUUCUCAUUGUCCAACAAGCUAGGAGAGGGGGGUUUUGGACCAGUUUACAAGGGUGUGUUCCUAGAUGGACAACAUGUUGCGGUGAAAAGACUGGCAAGAAAUUCAGGACAAGGGCUUGAGGAAUUCAUGAAUGAGAUUACAUUAAUAGCUGAACUUCAACAUGUGAAUCUCGUUACGCUCUUGGGUUGUUGCAUUCACGAAGACGAGAAGAUACUGAUCUACGAAUACAUGCCCAAUAAAAGCUUGGACUCCUUUAUUUUCGAUCCCACCAAAAAGAAACUUUUGGAUUGGAGAAUGCGUACUGGAAUUAUUGAAGGGGUUGCACAAGGACUUCUUUAUCUUCAUAAGUAUUCCAGAUUGAAAAUAAUACAUAGAGACUUAAAAGCAAGUAACAUCUUACUUGGCAAUGAUAUGAACCCUAAAAUAUCAGAUUUUGGCAUGGCUAGAAUUUUUGGGGAGAAUGAGUCCAGAGCAAAUACAAAGAGGGUUGUUGGAACAUAUGGCUAUAUGUCCCCCGAGUAUGCCAUGAAUGGAAUCUUCUCUGUCAAGUCUGACGUUUACAGUUUUGGAGUCCUAUUGCUGGAGAUUGUGAGUGGCAGGAAGAACAUUGUCUUUUCGUCAUCCGGUGUUCUUACCCUUAUAGAACAAGCAUGGGACUCGUGGAAGCAAGGUGAUAUUCUUGAGUUUAUAGACCCAUGUCUGGACUCCUCCUGUCCCAGAGGUGAAGUUUUCAGAUACAUCCAUGUUGGUCUCCUAUGCGUGCAGGAAAGUGCAGCAGAUAGACCAACUAUGUCAGAUAUCAUCUCCAUGUUCACUAAUGAGGGCAUGUUCCUACCUGAACCAAAACAACCCGCAUAUUCUAUUGGCAGAAGUGAAGCAGGUUCAACAUUACCUGAUGGAAAGUUGGUUUUUAAUUCGGUAAAUUGUGUAUCCAUAUCUGUAAUGGAAGCAAGAUAGAGGUACUGUUAGUUUUCUUGCAUCCUACUGAAAAAUUCAGGAACCUUAAAACUCUUUAGGCAGAAAUUGUGUUACAUGCAACCUAGUGAUUUUUUCUAUUCUCAUUCUACA